CGUGGGGACCUCGAGCAUUUGCUCUUUGUCAGCAAAUCCAUGUGAAAUCAAGCCCGCCAGAGUACAUAUACAGCGACGUCUGUCUUUCUUAUCUUCUCCAGUAUUUCCUUGCCCAUUCGUCUUUAACCGUAAAAAAAUGUCACAGAUACAGCUCCCUUUAUAUCUUCCGUCCGAAGAGAACAAGCAAAUGACGCUUACGCAAGAAGGUGCCUUGUUCAUUCUGCAUCUCCAUCACAAGGAUAACCGGUUCACGACCGAGUUUUGCCGAGCAAUAUUGGCAGCACUUCAGGUGGUGGAAGACAUUUUCUUGGCUUCUGAAGAUCCAGUGGAUAUGGCACUAGUCACGGUCGGUCAAGAUAAAAUUUACAGCAAUGGGCUCGACCUUAUGCAUGCGCUUGCUUAUCCUCCCUUCAUGGAUACAUACCUUUUGUUGCUGAAACGCAUGGUUACCUUUUGCAUACCAACCGUCGCAGCUUUAAAUGGACAUGCAUUUGCGGGCGGAUUCAUGUUGGCGUUGGCUCAUGACUAUCGCGUUAUGCGUUCUGAUCGCGGUUUCCUCUGCAUGAAUGAGGUCGAUCUUCCUUCACCUCUCGCUCCCGGCAUGACGGCUUUAUUACGUUGCAAGACCACCCCAGUGACGUUCCGUAACAUGGUGCUUCAAGGGCAUCGUUUUACAGCCAAAGAGGCACUAGAGCAAGGACUGGCCGAUGCCAUUUGCCCUGAAAAGGAAGUGCUGGAUAAAGCAAAAGCUUUAGCUUUGCAGUGGGCUCCCAAAGCUAAAUCCGGUAUUGUCUACAAACAGUUGAAAGAUGAGAUGUACGAGGAAAUCGCUCGCAAAUUAUCUGUGCCAUACCAUCGUCUGGCGCCCAAGAUGUAAAAGAAAGGGUGUACAAAUAAAGUUUUGGGUUCUUACUUUAACGCGAUUAUGCAACACGCAUUCUGUAAAGAUAAAAUCUUUCUUUGGCCCAAGUGGGUACACAUCAGAGUGAGAAGGUCAAGGUGGAGGAGGCCCCCCCUGUUGAUCGCCCUGAAGUAAGAAUCUCCUAAACGG